UCCACACCAUCUCGCGCCCAUGUUCCCGUGCGAGCAAGACCGCACGGCGGCGGCACGCACCGCGCUCACCAACACGGGCUACCAGCCGUGCGCCGCGCCCCGCUCGCUCCAGCUCGCGUCUCGCCAUCAGCCCGGCAAGCAAGCGGUACCCCCGGCCGCGGACGCCGUGCAGCUGCGGCGCGCCCAGUGCAAGAAGCACGGGGCGUCGAAGUCGCGCCGGUCCUCGACCACCGUGGUGGCCACGGACGUCAACAACUUCCGGGCCAUGGUGCAGGAGCUCACCGGCUUCCCGGCAGCAGCCAUCUUCCGCCCGCUGCCGCGCAGGGUGAACGCGGCCAGUCCCUUCGCCGCCGCCGGCGGCGCGCGGCAGGGGUGCUCUGGUAGUGAACGGCAUGGGCAUCGCGGUUCGGAGGCGUCCAACAAUAGUACUGCCGGCGGUGCCGGCUGCAGCAGCCCCGACGACGCUCCGGCGCCGCUGCCUGCGACGGCGCCGCCGCCGCUGGGCUUGUUCGACGGGCUGACGGACCUCGGGUCGCCGGAGUUCGACCCCUCCUGGGGAGAUCUGUCCAUGGAGUAGUAAGCCCUCGUUGGGUCAUCUUUGGCCGGCUAGGCUAAUGGAUUGUUCAAGGACGGUACGUAACCUGGUUUUGGUAAUUCCCUUGCGCUCAUGUGCUCUGCGCAUCUUGUUCUUUCCUGAUCGAUCAGGUGUGUAACACGAGGGCAGGCUGGCAGCAGUGCUUGUUGUUUUCAAAAGAUAUGAUAAUUAAUCAUGCUCAUGCAAGCAAAUCAGUACUCCCGAUUGGCUCAGUUGACUUUUUUAAUUACAUAAUGCCUUCUUUUGGACAAUAAUGGAAAGAGUUAUGACCUCUCUAACCUCUUGCAUCCAA